AUGCCUCCGAUCCUAGCCCGUUGCAGGAUUUCUGUGUUGCAAUUGAUGAACCCAAGGAUGCAGUUUUGCAAGAACCCAAAGCUUGCCAUAGCUAAUGAUUUCUUCUUCCGUGGUCCCAAGAUGCUCGGUCUCAACAUCCCCAGACAUACAACAAAUCGAGUUGGGUCAACUGUUACUCCAGUAAACGUGGAACAAAUACUAGGACUCAACACUCUUGGUAUCUCAUUAGCUCGUAUUGACUUUGGUCCCAAUGGCCUCAACCCACCCCAUACCCACCCUCGUGCUACCGAAAUCCUUGUUGUCUUGGAGGGUACCCUGCAUGUUGGUUUUGUCACUUCCAAUUUGAACUCUGGCAACCGCCUCUUCACCAAGGUCUUACAUGCGGGAGAUGUCUUUGUGUUCCCGAUUGGUCUCAUUCACUUCCAAUUCAAUGUGGGCAAAACUAAUGCGGUGGCUAUUGUCGCUCUAAGCAGCCAAAAUCCAAGGGUCAUCACUAUCACAGAUGCUGUCUUUGGCUUGACACCACCCAUUUCUGUUGAUGUUCUUACCAAGGCAUUUCAAGUGGACGAGAAAGUGAUUGAGCUUCUCCAGAAACAAUUCUAG